AUGUUCCGAAUCCUCGAAUCACAAGCUCCGGCCAAACAAACGGCAACGGACACAAUCGAUGUAUUGAGCAGUAGACUGCAAAGUGCUACAUUGUUGGAAGAUCGUCGAGCAGCUAUUCAAGGACUCAGAAGCUUUGCAAAGCUAUACCCCGCUUCGGUGGCCUCUGGUGGUCUGCGAUCAUUGAUCAGCAGUUUACAGAAUGACGCCGAGGAUGUGGACACUAUCAAAGUAGUCCUCGAGACGCUUUUGAUGCUUUUUACACCCGACGAGUCCAGUCCUGAAGCAUCAGACGAAAUAGCUUUGUGGUUAGCAGAUUCAUUUACUCAGCGACAAGAUAAUAUAACGACCUUACUUGACCUGCUCGAAGCCCGCGAAUUCUAUUCCCGUCUCUAUUCUCUUCAAUUGAUUUCCCACAUUUGCAGCGCACGACCGGAACGAACACAAGAAUGCAUUUUCACAGCACCAUUGGGUAUUUCCAAAUUGGUCAACGUUCUCACUGAUGCAAGAGAACCAGUACGGAAUGAGGCUCUCGUCUUGUUAAUCGCCCUCACGCCUACCUCGGAAGAACUCCAAAAACUCGUAGCUUUUGAAAAUGCGUUUGAAAUAAUUCUCGAUAUUAUCAACAAGGAAGGAUCUUUGACACUUGGGACCGAGAUCGUUGAGGAUUGUCUCUCCUUGUUGGCCAACCUGCUGAGGUUUAAUGUCUCCAACCAAUCCUCUUUCCGUGAGACCGGUUGUGUGAAAAAAGUGACCCAUCUUCUGCACGAAUGCCAACAAGAGCCUGAAGGUGACGAGCCACUACCACAAUGGACUUUGAUCCAACGAGACAAGAAUGUUUGGGGCCUUUUGGCUAUCAUUCAAUUGUUUUUGAUCCGUGGUGGCAUGAGCACACCUAUCAACCAAACUGCCUUCUGGCAAAAUGGUGUCACAGAACAAGUUUUGAGCAUUGCGUUCGGUCAAAGAUUCAGUGUUGGCGUAACAUCAACGGCAUUGUCAACAUGUGCUGAUCUCAUCCGUGGAAACUCGCCCUUGCAAGAGAGAUUCGGUGAUAUCGAAGUCUCGUGGGGAUCUUAUACCCGUGGAGAUACGGCUGUGAAUGGUGAUGCAAAAGAACCCUUGCGGAUCAAUGUUAUUGAGGCGUUUCUGAAACUCAGCCUCGAACCUGCCCCCAAUAACCUUCUGGAUGCACGCCUUGCUGCCUGCGAAUGUAUGAAGGCAUUCUUUGCCCAUCACCCUGGAAUUCGCAUGCAUGUGCUCAGGCGUGCCAUCGAAGGACAUACCAGCGGACAAGAUCGCAUCCCAAAUAUUCUCUCUGUAUUGCUCACUGCACCAGAAGCGCGAGGAAACGCAGACCCAUACCAAGUGUGGAUGGCGUGCGUUUUGAUGUUCCACUUAAUAUUUGACGAUGGAGAGGCCAAGGUAACCGCCAUGGAAGUGACCGAAGGUGAUGCUGAAAGUGGAGAAGAAGUUGUUACCAGUGUUCAGACUGUGGUUGGAAAUCUGAUUACUGGGCUGCAGCGCGGCGAUGAUGAAAGAAUCACUGUCGGGUACCUCAUGUUGCUUUGUGGUUGGCUGUUUGAAGACCCGGAUGUUGUGAAUGAUCUUUUAGGAGAGGGAAGCAGCAUCCAGACCUUGCUGCAGGAGAUCAAGCACCAACGGGCCCCCAGUAAAUUAGUACCUGGCCUUUGCACUGUGCUGUUGGGUAUUAUCUAUGAGUUCUCCACCAAAGAUUCUCCGAUUCCCCGUCUCACGCUUCACAAGCUCCUCAUCGAGCAGCUUGGAAGAGAACAGUACAUUGACAAAAUCACAAGACUUCGAGAGUGUCCACUAGUCCGUGACUUUGAAGUUCUUCCCCAAACUGCUGGUUCACAGCUUGAGGGUGGUCUGCCGGAGGUGUUUUUUGACCGCGCAUUCGUGGAAUUUCUCAAAGACAACUUCAGCCGUUUGUUGCGCGCCAUUGACCGUGAGCCCGGGUUCGAGAUUUCAAUUCUUGCCAAUGGCGUCGAAAAGGGAGUCUCGCGGGAACUUGUGGAUUCCUUGCGUGCAGAAAUCGACGAUCAGACCCAGACACUUCAAAAGUUGGAGUCUGAUCUCGUAAGCAUCCAACGGAAACUCGAUCAAGAGCAAGCGGAUCACCGAAAGACCAAGGAAUCCAGUACUGUCGAAUUGUCUAAAUUCGAACAGUCUAGCCAAUCUCUACAACAAAGCCACGCACAGGAGCUAUCUCAGCAACUCGCAAAGCUGGAAGACCAACAUAGCCGUUCCAGAAACGAGCUACUCCAGCAGCAUAGUAGCCAGCUCCUUGCCAUCGAUCGUCAACUCAAGCAGGCUUCGGCAGAAGCCGAAAGCCAUAGUAACACGGUGAAACAAGCGAGAGCGAACCAUGAGAGAGAAGUUGCUGGUCUGCAGCAGAAGAUCCGUGGUAUGGAAGCAGAGCUUGCUCGUAUCCGUGAGCAACAUUCGGGAGAGGUUGCCGAUUUCAAGAAGAAAGUCCAAGAAUUGAAGAACACCAUAAGCCAGUCCAAGGCUACGCACGAUGGGCAGGUGAUCAAUUUUGAGAAGAAAAUUCAAAUUCUCGAGAGUUCCAAGACAACCAACGAUGCUCAAGUUGCUGGUCUCAACAAAAAGAUUGAAGAAUUGCAAGACACACUCAGUCAAUCCAAGAGCUCCCACAGCGAACAGGUCGCUGGUCUUGAGAAGAAGAUCCAAGAGCUCGAGGCAAUCAAAAAGUCUCACGUUGGACAAGUGGCCGAUCUGAAGAAGAAAAUCUCGGAAUUUGAGAGCACCAAGGGCACCCACGAUAGCCAGGUUGUUGAGCUCACUCAGAAGUUGAGCACUCUCGAAUCCACAUUGGCCACAACUAAGCAACAACACGAAACAGAGGUCGGUGAGCACAAGAGCAAGCUUGCCGCAUUGGGAUCAAGCCUCUCUACAGCGAAGCAGGAACAGGAAACUGCAGCUACUGGCCAUAAAGAUAAGGUUAAAACCCUGGAGGCAAGUCUCGCGACAGCCAAAAAGGCCCAUGAAACCGAAAUCGCAACGUUGAAAAAGUCGAUUACAAGCCUCGAAUCAGACCUUGCCAAGGCCCAAACCUCUAGCAAGGAUCUCAAGACAGCUCAAGAAGGUAAUGCAUCUCAGACCUCUGAAUUGGAAGCACGUGUCAAGGAGGCAGAGCAAAAGGCAACGGAAGCCGAGGCACACGCUCGCACUGCGGCUGAAGCUCUCAAGAAUAUUCAAGAACAGCUCGACAAGGCUAAAAAUGACGCCAAAGAAAAGGAAGAAAAGUUCAACAAGGCUGUUGAUGAAGCCAAGGAAAAGGAAGAGGCUCGUCAAUCGGCACAGUCUGAACUGGAGGACCUUCUCAUUGUCUUCGGGGACCUGGAGGCUAAGAGAAAUGAAGACAAGGCACGGCUCAAGGCUCUUGGUGAAGAAGUUUCCGAGGCUGAGGAUGAUGAUGAGGACGACGAUGAGGAAGAUGAAUGA